AUGAAGUCCCUUGAUAUUGCACCACCGCUAGUAUUCCUCUUUACGUUGAUUAUUCUUCUCAUAUUCAAGUGGAAACUCGACAAAAUUCUUUUGCAGUCCAUUGGAACAGCUGCUCCACACGAGCUAUUUCUGCUAUUCAUUGCGGCUAUCGUCUGUUACUUCAUCAACAUUCCCAAGACGCAAUUGUUGGUUGCUGCUCUAGAUACA